CAAGAGGCCAGCCAGCCCUGCACUGAGAGGGAUCCUGGUAGCCUGUAAAGCCCAGGUAGCCAGUCAGCUGGAGGCUGCUCAAUUAGCACUUAUCCAUAGUGCUUUAUUCAUUGACAUUUGCUGGUCUCAAGAUGGUCUCUCUACCUCCCUUUUCUUUGUCUCUGCUUAUCCUCCUCUUUUCCCCUUUCUGAUCCAGGUGGAUACUGGUCAUCAUGGCUUGAUAACAUCUCCAGGUCCCUUCUUCCUUCCCGCCAGCUCCAUGUCUUCCCGAUAUCUCUUUGGUGGCAUUGAUUUCCUCCUGGCUCUAUCCAUUAUCUACCCUCUUCAAUCCCUCAAAGUCAGUGAAGAAACUUUCUCCUUGAAGUCUGGAACAGGAAGAGGCCGAGAUCACUGCUGCAAGACCCUAUAAAGUCACAAACAUUAGCGGAGAAGAUUAGAAACACGACAAUGACAUAUGACUUUCAAAAAUCAAAGAGAAGUACAUUCACACCUGAAGUCAUCAACGGCAAAGGACAUCCAUUCAUCUUAAAUUAAUCAAAGUUCUGGUCAAUUCCUAUCUGUGUACUGUUAAGAAUUGCAAUGUAUUACAAGCUAUCAUGUCACCUCUGAAGAACUGUUAUGUCGCUUUGAUGAAUUUCAUAUUUGUCUUCUUUUUAACUCCACUCCCCAUUCUAUCCUCUUUCUCUCAGAAUUAAUCCCAUAGCCACAAGGCUAUGUGCGACACAAGUCAUAUUAAAGGUCUGGAUCCUAAAAUCAAUUUAAUUAGUGCUUCUUGAGGAUUCAUUUUGGUAUUCAUUGCAACGAUCUCAACAUAAUUAAAAUGAGAGCAUGGAAAUGUAGCCAUAAAUUACAAUGAUUCAGCCACUGGUCUCUUCAUUGUACUUAGCAUGGGCAUCCAUACUCUCAUUUUAUUGGUAAUAUUCAAGAUAGAUUGACAUAGGUUUGACGUCAGAAAUUCACUCAGUUCAUCUGUCAGUUUUCCAAGAAGUGAAUAACGAUGACAGGAUGAAUUAUUUUCAUUGGGCGAUUUUGGGAGAUGACACAACAGCUACUCUUGAAACCAUUUAAAAGUGAGCUCAGCUACAUGAGAUUCACAUUUAAAUCUUCAGCUCUCAACACUGCUAUUGCAGCCAGAGCCGAUACUAUAACAUGGACAAAAUAUUUUCUUUUCAUCUGUGCCUUGGAACACUGACAUUCCUAAUUGUGAUUUCCAUGCAGUCUACACAAGCCAAACCUUAUUUGUUACAAGAUAAUGAACUAUUUCCUGAGAAAGAUGAGAUGAAUCAGCAGGACAUGUUGCUUACAUUCCUCUUGAAUAAACAUAUUCCAUUAAGAAGACCAUCACAUUUUGAAGUUGAACUUGAAAACAAACUGGAACAACUGGAAAAGCUGGAAAAACUAAAGGAGCAGUUUUUGGAAGGGAAGUCUGCAGAUGUAUCCUAUGCUGUGGACGGACUGUCAUCCUCACAUCCUAACAAACGAGCUUGCUUUUGGAAAUACUGUGUGUGAAAAGCAUCAAGGAGAUUCAGUCUAUGAAAUAAUAUUAUUAUUAUUAUAAAAAACAAGACAAACUAUAGUUAUUUUUUUAGCAAUGUUUGUUAUUAAUUUGUGUAUUGCUGAUGUUCAUUAUAGUAGAAAAAGUAAAUGGAGAAAUUUGGCUAUUAAACUUCUGGUUCAAGAUCUGCAAAAAGUAUUCUGGAGUGGAGCAUCGCUUGUCCGUUUAAUUGGAACAGAUUUUAUUUAUUGAUGUGCUAAAAUUGAAAUUGAAGUGUUUAAAACUCAGCUGCAAUAACACGUGUAUAGUUUUUUUUCUAGACUGUAUAUAUUAUGCUAUGUAUUAUAUUUAUUUGUCAGAGAGAAGUAAUGAAUGAUUAUUUUUUUGCCUUAGUUGAAUAAAAUUUAUAUAUAGCUAUAUGUAUAUAAAUAA